CUAUCUGGCACCCCUGCAUUUGCUUCAAUAAACACUCACUUAGGAGUUGAGCCAGGUCGUCGCGAUGAUCUGGAGUCGCUCACUUAUAUGUUAAUCUAUCUCUUAUGUGGCUCUCUUCUGUGGUUAACCAGUGAUGAUGAGAAGUUGCCCACCUCUACCAUACUCAAGCGCAAAGCACAUGCUACCAUUGCAAAUAUUUGUCAUGGAAUCCCUGUUGAGUUCGCGACAUUUCUUAUUUACACAUGCUCUCUAGCAUUUGCAGAGGACCCUGACGAUGAUCACCUA